AUGACGGACCUCAGCAACAUCAGCUCGAGCAUGCUACUAUCAGUCUUGUUUGUCAUCACGUCUCUCUGGUGUGCCAUCGCCGCCAUCAGCAUCAUCAAACAUUCUCCCUUUGCUGCGGCUGUGAUCAUCGAAGCCGUCGUCUGGGUCCUCUUGAGCGUCACUGCAGGUUGCGCGAUUGGAGAGCUUCUCAUCAACAUCGUCCAAUGUCUCGAGUUCGCCAAUGACGGCUGUUCUUUCGCCGAGGAGAUAUGUCCCCUGGUACCGGUGAUUGUGGCCGCCUUGGUCCUUGACACCAUCACGUGCAUGCUUGUUGAGAAAGUCGUUCUGGGCAGAGGACCAACCGGCCGGAGCCCGCUCGCAAUCGACGAGUUUGCCGGCGGGAGCGUGAAUGCGAUUCGCUACGCCGCCGCAUCCUGCGCCAAUACCAUCAAACGCAAGCUCAAACCAGAGAGCCUAUCCUUCCGUCUGACCAUCUACAUCGAUCCCCGUGCCGGCGUGUACUCCGUCCGGAUCCACCGACCAAGCCGCCUUGUCAUCCUCACGCCUCCUACCUCGGACUCCGACGAGCUCGAUUGUGGGUGUACUUGCGACCACGGCUCCCUGACCGAAAGCCAUCGCGAUUCACUGGCCGGCAGCGACACUGAUUCACUUGCUGACAGCGACUGGAAGUAG